ACGGCAUGUAGAUUGUACUGAUGAAAGUAUUUCCGCACGUGGUGGUCUUUGCAAGAGUAUUGAUGCGAAACACAGGCACCUGUCAAAAUGUUGGUGUUGUUUGAAUCCUCAGCGGGCUAUGCUUUGUUUAAGCUUCUUGAUGAAGCUAAACUGCAAAACAUAGACAAUCUAUUUAAAGACUUUGAGACACCAGAUAAGGCUUCUAAAGUUUUGAAACUCAAGCACUUUCAAAAGUUUGAGAACAUAAAUGAGGCAGUAGCAGCUAAUUUGACAGUAGAGAAUGAGAAAGUCAGUAGAAAUCUGAAGAACAUCCUCAAAAAGCAUGUUCUUAAAGAUGCAGAGUGUGAACUGGCUGUUGCAGAUGCCAAGCUUGGUAAAUUGCUCAAGAAAAAGUAUGACUUGAACUGUGUGACAAACUCAGCCAUUCAAGAGUUAAUGAGAAACAUACGUAGUCAACUAAACAGUUUUGUAUCACCAAUGGUUGAGUCCAGUCAUUUAGCACAGAUGUCUUUAGGUCUUGCACAUAGCUUGGGGAGAUACAGACUAAAGUUUAGUCCUGAUAAAGUGGAUACUAUGAUUGUCCAAGCAGUUUCUCUGUUGGAUGACGUUGAUAAGGAGUUAAAUAACUAUAUAAUGAGGCUGAGAGAAUGGUAUGGGUGGCAUUUCCCAGAGCUGACCAAGAUUAUCACAGACAAUUUGGCAUAUGCACGAGUUGUAAAAGCCAUGGGUGAUCGUAACACAGCCAGAACCAUGGAUAUGUCAGAUAUUUUGCCUGAGCAUUUGGAAAAAGAAUUAAAGUGGGCAGCAGAAAUAUCAAUGGGUACAGAAAUAUCAGAGGAGGAUAUUUUUAAUAUUAAAAACUUGUGUGAUCAGGUAAUUGAAAUGUCCAAAACAAGAGAUGAAUUGUACAGUUAUUUGAAAGAACGCAUGUCAAUGGUUGCACCAAAUUUAACAGUGUUGGUUGGCGAAUUAGUAGGAGCAAGACUUAUUGCUCAUGCAGGUUCUUUGCUUAACCUUGCAAAGCACCCAGCGUCUACAGUACAGAUCCUUGGAGCAGAAAAAGCCCUGUUUAGAGCCUUAAAAACUAAACACGACACACCUAAAUAUGGUCUGAUAUAUCAUGCAUCAAUUGUUGGUGGAGCUAAUCCUAAAAACAAAGGAAAGCUUUCAAGAAUGUUGGCAGCGAAAGCUUCAUUAGCUAUUCGAGUUGAUGCUCUAAGUGAGAACAGUGACUGUACACUUGGUGUGGAACAGAGAGCAAAAAUUGAGAGCAGGGUUAGAAAUCUGGAUGAAAAGGCUGCACGCAAAUUAGGUGGCUCUGGUAAAUUUCAGAUAAAACAAGAAAAAUAUACAGGUGUUAGUGAAGUGAAGACAUUUAAUCCUGCUCUAGACUCAACAAUUCCAACCUCUAUGAAAAGAAAAGCAGAGGAAGAAGCGGAUGUAAAACCUCCAAAAAUAAAAAAAAUAAAACUGGAAGUAGAAGAAACAACUGAGGAAGCAGAAACAGAGAAACAGAAAAAGAAGAAAAAGAAGAGGCAAUCUGAAAGUGAAGUAAUAGAGAAAGGGGACGUGGAAGAGGCGGAGACAGAAACUCCAAAAAAGAAGAAAAAGAAGAGUAAGCAUUCAGAGAGUGAUAUUUCAAUGGAUGUGUCAAUAGAAACACCAUCAGCUGACGGUGAUGCAGGCAGCAGCAAGAAAAAGAAGAAGAAAAAGAAGGCUGCAAAAUCUGAAGAUGAUGAAUAAACACUUAAAAGUUCUUAAAUAUUGUUUUCAUAAUUUGUACAUAUAUGGAGCUAAUAGUAUUGAGACUAUAGUCGAAUGAUUAUGAUUGUUUUUCAUAAUGCCACUAAGCAAGAGCUGUGGUAGUUUUUGUUGUGGUUAAACAAAUCUGUACAUAAUUAUUAUGCUGAAUAGCUGCCAUUUCAUGAGUUUACUACAACUGUUAUUGUAAAUAGUGUAUACUUACAACAUUGUCACCAUCCACUCCAGAAACACCUGAUUGUGUUCAUUUAAGAAGGCUGGAUAAUGGAACAUGUGUGGCUAUGUUAAAUCACCAGCUAAUUUUUAUUUGCAUUUGGGAUCCUAUAUAUAUUCAUUAAAUAAACUGCUUACAUUUAUUAACAACUUUUGUAGUUUUUUAAUGUUUAAAAAACCAACUCUAUAAUGUAACUUCCUUUUUGGAAUUUAUAGCUGUUGAACAUUAACUAGGACAAUUUUAAAAGCAACAGUUUUGAUGUCCCUUGUUCAGUCUAGAGAAGUAAAAAUACUAAAAUAUAAAUGACUGUAUUCUACUAUGGUAUCUUUCAAAUUACCAUGAAUACAAAAUGGAGGCUUUUUCAUGAUUCAUUUAUUAUCUCAAGGAAAUCACAGAGAAAUUUGUACAAGUUAAGUUUCUUAUCUAACUCAAAACUUCAAAUGUUUGUAAAAAAAAAAUAGUUUGGCAGUGCAUUGUUAAUCACAUAGUACAAUAUAGAUUUCAAGCAGGAGAUAGGGUAAUCAAGCAAAAAUCCUGUGCUUUGCUGUCUUUCUGGCUCAAUGCACAGUUGAAGCUCUAGGUGAGCCCUUAAUUGGGCAUUAAACUAGACUUUUUUUUUAAAGGGUGAUUUCAUAAAACUUGUACUGUACCUUUCUUGCAUUAUUGUUAGCAUGUAUUGUGCUAGAUCAGGGGUCGGCAACCUUUUGAAGCGGAAGAGCCAAAAGAUGCAAUUUACUACAUUUUCCAGUUUUUAAAGAGCCACUAACUUUUUUUUAUUUCAAAUAUUUUAUUUUUUGAUUAAGAUUAUUAGUAUUUGUGCAAGGAGCUGGAGAGCCGCAUCUUGAUAUCAAAAGAGCCGCAUGCGGCUCGCGAGCCGCAGGUUGCCGACCCCUGUGCUAGAUCGAUAUUGGAAGUUUAUUGCUUUUCGAAUGCAAUAAUUACUACUAUUAAUUUUUAAAAUACCAGUGGUCUUUUAGUCAAAGAGAGAACAAAACAGAUUUCUUGGUGUAAAACUUUAUUAUAUAGUUAUAAAAAUAGUUACUAAGCAUAUAAAAAGUUUGAUCUGUUGAAAUUAAAUUGUAAACAUGAAA